AAUACUCUUGUGUGAUUUGGUUCCCUCUUCAGAAAAAGAAGAAGGGGGAAGAUGGAGCCUACGAUCGCUGCUUCUUCGCCGGGACUGGGAGCCAUGCUCUCCAUUCCUGGGAAGCUUGAGUCGUUGCUUUCGAGGCCCGAGUUGGGGCUGCACAAGGAAGAGAGGAACAAGCUCCGUGUCCUCGUUGGCGAUGUCCAAGAAUUAAUGGACAAGUACCUAUUGGAGCCGUCAGAGGUGGAGGUCCCUGCCUUCACGGCCAACUGCUGGGUGAAAGAGGUGCGGGAACUGUCGUACGACAUCGACGACUUCGUCGACGAGCUCGUCCACGCCCGCGUCGUCCCCCGUUCUAAGGCCUCUCGGCUUCAGGAGAAGCGGAGACGGCGGCGCCGGUGGAUUGCCGACGAGAUCUCAGGAUUUAGGACUCGUGUGAAGGAGGCUAUUCAACGGUAUAAGCGCUAUCUUGGUAGCUGCGAGAUGCGGCCUGCCAGGUGCUCAGAUGGAAGCCCGCCUCCGGCUCCCCCUCCACCUGCACCGCUAGACGGGGGGGAGCCUUGCCGCCUUGUUGGUAUGAACAGGAGCUCCAUGGAAGAGCUUUGCGGCUGGCUGGCUGAUGAUGGACAACCGGGGCGCAAGGUGGUCACCAUUGUAGGAUUUGGAGGCGUCGGCAAGACCACCCUCGCCAAAGAACUAUACCGUAAGUUUGGAUGGCAAUUCGAGUGCAUGGCUUUUGUACGGACAUCUCGGAAACCAGACAUGAGGAGGCUUCUCACUAGCAUAUUCUUACAAGUUCGACGGCUGCGGCACCAGCCCCCCCAUGCUUUGGGGCCGCAUGAUCUGGUCGACGAGAUCAAGGCAUACCUAAAGGAUAAGAAGUACUUCAUUAUAAUUGAUGAUUUAUGGGCUUCCUCAACGUGGGAUAUUGUUAAUCGUGCUUUGCCAAAGGGUAAUUGUUGCAGCAGGAUCCUAACUACUACCGAAGUUGACUUUGUAGCCCAGACAUGCUGUGCUGAUAACUCCAAGUAUAUCUUUAGGAUGGAACCACUUAGUGAAGAUGAGUCAAUGGAAUUAUUUUUCAGUAGAAUUUUUGGUCAUCAGUCUGAAUGUCCUCAACACCUCAAGGAAGUUUCCUAUGAAAUCAUAAAAAGAAGUGGUGGUUUACCGCUAGCAGUUAUUAGUACAGCCAGUCUUUUAGCACGCCAGCCAACCAGUGUAGAGCAAUGGAAUUGCAUAAAGAAUUCACUGAGUUGCGAUUUGGAAGGGAUAGAGCAAGUUUUGAGCCUUGGUUACAACAAUCUUCCUCAUCAUUUGAAAGCAUGCAUGCUACAUUUGAGUCUAUAUGAAGAGGACUUCAUAAUCUUGAAGUAUGACUUGGCGAAUCAGUGGAUAGAUGAAGGUUUAAUCUGUACAAUGGAAGGGAAUGACAAGGAGGAAGUUGCACGAAGCUAUUUUGACGAGCUUGUUAACAGGGGAAUGAUCCAACCUGUAGAUAUCGGCUACAACGAUGAAGUGUUAUCCUGUACAGUGCAUUACAUAAUACUUGACUUUAUUAAAUACAAGUCAAUAGAAGAGAAUUUCAUCACUGCAAUAGAUCAUUCUCAGACUGCUAUACGACUUGCUGAUAAGGUCCGUCGACUAUCUCUUCAUUUUGGCAAUGCAGAAGAUGCAGCAACACCAGCAAAUUUGAGACUACAACAAGUUCGAACGCUUGCCUUUUUUGGACUCUUCAACUGUAAACCUUCCAUUGUUGAGUUUAAGCUUCUCCAAGUUUUAAUCCUUCAGUUAUCAGUUGAUCAUGAUGACAUAAAUUACGACCUUACUGAGAUAUCGGAACUUUUUCGACUGAGAUAUUUGUAUGUCAACGCAUGCCAUUUGCAUGUUAAUCUACCAGUGCAGAUGCAACGGUUGAAAGAUUUGGCGACACUGAAAAUAGAAGCAAGAGUAAGUGCUGUUCCAUCAGAUAUUGUUGAUUUGCCAUCUCUGAGGCACCUCCUCCUUCCAAGCGAAGCUAAGUUGCCCCAUGGCAUUGACCACAUGACAUCUCUUCACACUCUAGGGCAUUUUGAUCUCAGCAGUAACUCAAUAGACAAUAUGAUGGACCUUCGCGACCUGACCAAUCUACAGGAUCUUCAUCUCACAUGUUCUACAGUACAGUCUAAUGAACUCAGGAACAAUAUGAAAUGCCUUGGUUCAAUUCUUGCAAAACUCAGAAACCUCAAGUCUCUAACUUUGGUACCUGCAGACUCCCCUCAUGUAUCUACUAGGGAUGAUGAUGAUGCUGAUGAUGAUGAUGCUUCAAGCACGAGCAUUUCUUUUGAUGGCUUCAGCAGCGUGUCAUCUCCUCCGGCCGUUCUUCGGAGAUUUGAGUUGUCGCGGCGCUGUUGCAUCUUACCCCGCCUACCUGAGUGGACCAAAGAACUUGCUAAUCUCUGCAUUUUAAAGAUUGCAGUUGGUGAGCUGUUGAGACAUGAUAUUCUUGGUGGAUUGCCUGCACUCACUGCUCUCUCGCUAUAUAUCCAGACAGCGCCUAAAGAAAGGAUUAUCUUUGGCAGGGCAGGAUUCUUAGUUCUGAGGUACUUCAAGUUCAGGUGCAGUGUACCUUGGCUCAAAUUUGAGGCGGAUGCAAUGCCUAAGCUCCGGAAGCUCAAGCUAGGCUUCAAUGCGCACAGAUUUGAUCAACAUGGUUCCAAACCAAUCAGCAUCGAGCGCUUGUCAGGCCUUAAAGAGAUAUAUGCAAAAAUCUGGGGUGCAGGUGCUGAUGCAGAGUCUGCCUUGACGACUGUCGUUAACAAUGAUCCAAGCAAUCCUAGAAUCAACGUCCAAUUGGUGGACCGUGUUCGUUAUGGUGACGCAAGUACGAGGGCAAUGUGGAAUUCUAAAAAAAACAAAGUACAAGGGCAAUAGAUGAAGGAAACAUGAGUCUAGAGCAACUAGAUAGGAUCCUGGAGGAAGGCGUAGAUGAAAGUUACAUAACUCAAGGUGAGGACAGGGGAAUUAAAGACGAGAAGAAACAUGCUGAUGAUUACAGGAUUUCUGCGAUACUGGAGUCGGUUUCUUCUCACUCUCCCGCACUUCGUCGGAAAACCCCACAGGCUCCUUCCUGCAUGCUGUCGGCUAUGCCCAGGAACGCACACACACAAGCGAACGCGAGGUAGAAGAAGCAAGCGAACGCGAGGUAGAAGAAGCACAGUAGAUUUUCCGGCGACGAACUCGCCUGUCUCUUAGCUAGAUUAUUCUCUGGACUUAGCUCGCUGAGAUGGAGGGUUACAACGGCAUUUUAUAAACCACAGCGACACACACGGAGCUCUCCUCCAUCGCCCGGUCUCCUCGCGCCGAUCCGCUCGACCCGGACCACGCCAUGCCCGAGCCUCACGCUCGUCUUCACAACAUGCUCCUCAAUG